CAAAUUCUCAAAAAAUGUGCAUGAUUGACGAUCUGCAUUCCGCAGAACGAGACGGGGAACAGAAGACGCGAGUGUCGCCUUCCCUCCCACCUGUUGCUCUGAGGAUCUCUCCAUCAUCCAUUGCAUGAAUUGUAGAUCGCCGAUUUCGCUGGAGAGUUCGGAAUCUGAAGAGAAUCCGGAAGAUUGGAAUCUGAUUUACCGCGGCGAUGUCGUUCUUCUUCAAGCCUUCGAGGCCUAAGACGCCGCAAGAGGUCGUCAAGGCGAUCAGAGACAGUCUCAUGGCUCUGGACACCAAGACCGUCGUCGAAGUUAAAGCCCUCGAGAAGGCUUUGGAGGAAGUCGAGAAGAACUUUUCUUCUCUGAGAGGCAUGCUUUCCGGGGAUGGGGAGGCUGAACCAAAUGCUGAUCAAGCUGUACAGUUAGCAAUGGAAAUUUGUAAAGAAGAUGUGAUUGCACUUGUUGUUCAUAAGUUGCCCAUACUGGGAUGGGAAACUAGAAAAGAUUUAAUGCACUGCUGGGCUAUCUUGUUGAAGCAAAAAGUUGGCCAGGCUUAUUGUUGUGUGGAAUACUUUGAGGACCAUUUCGAGUUGCUUGACUGCCUGGUUGUAUGUUAUGACAACAAAGAGAUUGCUCUGCACUGUGGAAAUAUGUUGAGGGAGUGCAUUAAAUUUCCGAGUCUUGCAAAGUAUAUUUUAGAGUCUGCAAGCUUUGAGUUGUUCUUCAAGUUCGUGGAGUUGCCAAACUUUGAUGUUGCUUCUGAUGCAUUUUCGACAUUCAAGGAUCUUCUGACGAAACACGACUCUGUUGUCUCCGAGUAUCUCACUUCUCAUUAUAACGAGUUCUUUGAUCUCUACGAAAGACUGUUGACAUCUUCGAAUUAUGUGACAAGAAGGCAAUCAUUGAAGCUUCUCUCGGAUUUCCUGUUGGAGCCACCAAAUUCUCACAUAAUGAAGAGGUUUAUCUUAGAAGUGCGUUACUUGAAAGUCAUAAUGACACUGCUUAAGGACUCGAGCAAGAAUAUUCAAAUAUCAGCCUUCCAUAUUUUUAAGGUCUUUGUUGCUAAUCCUAAUAAACCACAAGAAGUGAAGAUCAUAUUGGCCAAAAACCAUGAGAAGUUGCUUGAACUCCUUCACAACCUCUCACCCGGUAAAGGCUCGGAAGAUGACCAAUUCGAAGAGGAAAAGGAGCUGAUCAUCAACGAAAUCGAAAGAGUCUCUCGCCUGCAAAAUCCAUAAGACAGUGAGUUUGUUCUUCCUCUUUCCACUCCGAGAAGAGAGAGUCUCUGUCUUUAUAUCUUGGUUCUUCUUGUCAGUUUAUAGAUCCAGCAAUGAAGUUUCCUGUGUUGAAGCUUGGUUUUGUUCAUGUGAGUAUCGUUGUCUUAACAGAGGAUUGACUUCUGAUAUUAUUGUAAUGUAAUUUCUCUUUUUAAUGCUCUGCCAAAGACAAGAGACGUUACCGUUACCGUUUACUUUCUCUUUGUUGUUAUCUGUAUAAGAAUUGGUCGUCGUCUUCA